AUGGCGCGAGACCGAGGACUACGGGGUUGCGUGCAAGUCGAGAGCGUCCCCUCCGACAGGGCCCUGCUACGCGGUGCGCUGCUCAGCUGCGCUGCCCCGCCGUGGCCUUUCUCCCAAGGCAUAACCCCCACAGGGCCGGGCGGGAGACUUGAGGAUCCAGCUGACGCUGGCGAGAUAAACCUGCGGUACGACCUGUCAGCUUCCACGUUUUCUCCAGAUGGCAGAGUGUUUCAAGUUGAAUACGCUAUGAAAGCUGUGGAGAACAGUACUACAGCAAUUGCGAUCAGAUGCAAAGAUGGUGUUGUCUUUGGAGUAGAAAAACUAGUUCUGUCCAAGCUUUAUGAAGAGGGCUCCAAUAAACGUCUCUUUAAUGUCGAUCGACAUGUUGGAAUGGCAGUAGCAGGACUUCUGGCAGAUGCUCGUUCUUUGGCGGACAUAGCUAGAGAAGAGGCGUCUAACUUUAGAUCUAACUAUGGCUACGAUAUUCCACUGAAGCAUCUUGCGGACAGAGUGGCUAUGUAUGUGCAUGCCUACACACUAUACAGUGCUGUCAGACCUUUUGGUUGCAGUUUCAUGUUGGGGUCCUAUGAUGAUGAUGAUGGUGCACAGCUGUACAUGAUUGAUCCAUCAGGAGUUUCAUACGGUUAUUGGGGGUGUGCCAUUGGUAAAGCCAGGCAAGCUGCAAAAACAGAGAUAGAAAAACUUCAGAUGAAGGAAAUGACCUGCCGUGAUGUUGUUAAAGAGGUUGCGAAAAUAAUCUACAUAGUUCACGAUGAAGUAAAGGACAAAGCUUUUGAGCUGGAACUCAGCUGGGUUGGAGAAAUAACCAAUGGAAAACAUGAAAUUGUUCCCAAAGACAUCAGGGAAGAAGCAGAAAAAUAUGCCAAGGAAUCUUUGAAAGAGGAAGAUGAAUCAGACGAUGACAAUAUGUAACACAUUGUUACUUCAAGACAAGUUCAACUUUUCUUAACUUACAACAGGUUUGUUUAUAAUGUAUUAAGCAUGGGUUGCUAUUAUGUACUUGUUGGAAGAAACUGAGUGACCAACUUGCACUAAUAAAUUUUCCAUUUUACUGUC